GCUUCGACCAGGAGCUUGCAGGAGCCCGGUAGCUGGCGUCAUGGAUGGGCGGCGCGCUGACGGAGAACGGAGGGUGUUUUCCGGCUUUAAAAGAACCAGAGACUGCCCCUUUGACAAAGCCGCGCUGCGUCAUCGACCUGGGGAGACUCUUGGAGACCUUCAAUGGGCACACGACAGAAUAAUUCACCUCAGCCGCUAGUUUCUUGAGCAGCGCUCACCUCCUCAUUGACUCGGCCAGCGCUCACACGGUGUGCAAUACUCACCACGUUAAUAACCCAUUGCUUAACUUCACUCCAAAUUAGAAUUUUACCCGUGAGUUUGUUAUCUAUCGUGCACUAUUUUUGAUUUAUUUAUUUUUUAAAUUCUUCGUUGCUCAUGCAGACUCUCCCGCUGGUUGCAUGCAGGAUACUCAGCUAGAGCGUCUCUUCUAAGUUCAGUUUUGAAGCUCCAGACAGCAAGGAGUGGGGACUCCACUCGUUCCAUCACCUUUCUCGCCGCGAUGAAAUCUGCAGAAGAAGAUGCAUUCAGCUACACACCAAAUGUCACCCUUUCUCUUCCACUCGGGAUGGGCAACCCUUGUCUGGCUACCCAGUACCACAACUUACAGUCCAGCCCAGUUAUCUCUGUGACGUCCUGCCAUCAGACAGGCUACAACUUCCAAAAUGACAACCAUGUAGCGGCAGGUUAUUACCUACCCCAUGGCCUGAGACCCAAUGGGGCUCCAGCCCCGGAAAGCCCUCGUAUUGAAAUCACCGCCUACACCCAGUGCCCAGAGGAUCAGGUCGAAGAAAGAAACUGUGAUGACCACAUCAUCAAAAGAGGCGUAAACUCCAUCGUGACACUAACACUGCCCAAUGCCGAUGGCUACCGUGAUCCCAACUGCCUCAGUCCCGCAAGCAGCAUUUCUUCUCGCAGCUGUAACUCUGAAGCAUCCUCCUAUGAGUCUGGCUUUUACAACUAUGACAACUCCCUACAGAAUUCCCCCUGGCAGUCUCCCUGCGUGUCUCCCAGAGGGUCAUCUUCACUUUUGUCCUGCCCGCAUGCCAGCGGUCCUGCAGCCUCCCCGAACAUUUCACCCUCCACAUCCCCUCAGAUUGGAGCAGUGGCUGAGGAAGGCUGGCCAGCUCAGCCGCGUGACUCCAGGCCUAACUCUCCUUCCCUCAGUGGAGGUGGUGGAUGCAACAACAUCAGCAUUGCCUGUGUGGGGAAGAGAAAGUACAGCUUCAACGACACUCCCUACCAGCAGACAUCCUGUUCACCCCACCAAUCCGCUACCCCCUCCCCACAUGGGUCCCCCAGAGUCAGUGUCACAGAUGAGAACUGGCUUGCCAAUGCCAACCAGUACACUAACUCCGCAAUUGUGGCUGCUAUCAAUGCUCUGACCACAGAUGGAGUGGUAGACAUGGGAGAAGGGAUCCCGGUCAAGACACGCAAGAUGGUAGAUCAUUCACCUUCCAUGAGCCUCAAGGUGGAACCUAGUGGAGAAGAGGUCAGUCAUGAAGGAGAGAUUAGCCCCGAGGACUACCCUUCUCGCCUUGUUUUAAAGAAGGAGAACUACUGCGGGGGGUUCCUGGAGGUGCCCCAGCAUCCCUACCCUUGGUCUAAACCCAAGCAGUACCUCAGCCCAUCCCUGCCAGCGCUCGACUGGCAGCUUCCAUCCAGCUCCGGUCCAUACAGUUUACAGAUCGAGUUACAGCCAAAGUCCCACCACAGGGCCCACUAUGAGACUGAAGGCAGCCGUGGGGCAGUCAAGGCACUUUCUGGAGGCCACCCAGUUGUCCAGCUUUAUGGCUACAUGGAAAGUGAGCCGCUCACCCUGCAGCUGUUUAUAGGGACUGCAGACGACCGCCUCCUACGACCACAUGCCUUCUACCAGGUCCAUCGCAUCACUGGCAAAACCGUCUCCACUGCCAGUCAUGAAGUUCUGCAAUCCAACACCAAAAUUCUGGAGAUCCCUCUGCUUCCCGAAAACAACAUGAGGGCUAUAAUUGAUUGUGCAGGCAUCCUAAAGCUGCGCAACUCAGACAUUGAGCUUCGCAAAGGGGAAACAGACAUUGGACGUAAAAACACCCGAGUACGGUUGGUGUUCCGAGUCCACAUCAACCAGCCCAAUGGCAGGACCGUGUCCUUACAAGCUUCCUCUAACCCCAUCGAGUGUUCCCAGCGCUCAGCGCAGGAGCUUCCCUUGGUGGAGAAGCAGAGUGUGGACAGCUACCCUGCAAAUGGAGGCAAAAUGAUGGUGCUGAGUGGUCUCAAUUUCCUCCCUGACUCAAAGGUGGUGUUCGUAGAGAAGGCCCAGGAUGGUCAUCAUCUGUGGGAGAUGGAAGCCAAAGUUGACAAGGACUCUGUCAAAUCUAAUGCACUUUUUGUUGAGAUCCCACCAUACCGAAACCAGAGAAUAUCCAACCCAUUGCAGGUUAACUUCUACGUAUGCAAUGGCAAGAGGAAGAGGAGCCAGUACCAGAACUUUACCUAUCUUCCUCCCACUGUGCCGAUGAUAAAGACAGAACCCAGUGAUGAAUAUGAUUCUUUGGGGACUUCAGUACUGCCAAUGCAUUCAAAGCCCUAUUUCGGUCAUCCCAGACUUAAUCCCAUCAUGCCUGUUGCUGAACAUGAUGCUUGUCUGGCUGGUGCCUACCCUCCCUGCCCUUCUCUCAAUGCUGCCAUACCAUCACCGUCCCCCAAUUCCAGCCCAACCCUGCAUGACCUCUCCCCCGUCACAUUUAGCAAGUGCCUCCCGAAUAGCCCCACCCAUGCAGCACCUUCAAGUCAAAUGGUGACAACCUUCCAGGAGAAUGGCAGGCCAGUCCUGACCCAUCCAGCAUCUCCUGACCAUGGCUCUCCCCUAGCUAUGCUCCAAACUCAAGGAAGUCCCAGUCACCUCAACAGCCCGGGACCCCAUGGAUUCCACCCUGUCUACGCCAAUAGCAGCCCUUCCUCCUCCCCAGCCUCCCAUGCUUCUACUCCCAGUGGGUCUGCAGAGAGUCCGUUUAUCCAAGCCUACAGUCCCAGCCAGGCUCAGGCAGCAGCCACCUCAGCCCAGGCUGGAGGCAACUCACCCAGCCUGCUUCAUGAGGAAUCAAGUCCACCUGCCAUCACCGUCAAACAGGAACCUCAAGAACUGGACCAGAUGUACCUAGAUGAUGUUAACGAGAUCAUCAGGAAUGACCUUUCCAGCAUUUCCGUUCACACUCAUGCUUAGAUCAUUGAUCAAUGGUUGUGCAGCAGCAGCAGCAGCAAACACACACAGGCACACACAACUUUCAACUAAAAACAAUACUGAGGAGAAGACCAAUAAGAUGAAGAAGAGCCACCACGAAGCAGGAUCUCCCACCUGUCCUGUGUUGCUAUCAGUUCCUUCUUCAGACUUGUUCCAGAUUCACAACGUUUGAAUAUCUAAUCUAAAUAUGUAAGUAUAUCUGUUAUGUUAUUUGUACAAACGGAAAGCGAUAUCAAUGGCAACACUUGCCUUAAUUGACAAAUGACAAUCUUCAUUUGGAGUGUUUGGUAUUGGUGUCAAGUUCGUGCAUGGACAAACUAAUGCGGUGAUAACAACUGUCUUGUGUCUACAUUUUGUUUCGUUUCGCGCUGUCAGACCGCAGAAAAUAAAUUGGUGCCUUACUUGUAGAGAAAAUGACAGACAGCAGCAGACACAGAAAUGCAAAUGAUGGUAAAUUAUAACCCCAAGUGCAACGUUUUUAUAUGACACUUUUGUAUCAUUUUCAUGAUUUGUUUAUGGGGAAAAUGGACCAAGGUUGGGAAUGACGUCAGGGAGUAUGUGAACAAAUAGAUUUGUUUUCUUUGAUCUUUUAUUCUCAUUGCUCAUUUAUACUGAAUGUUAUGUAUCACAUUUUUUUGUAUAAACACAAAUUUGACAAUAUGCCUUACGCUUAUUCUACGCAUUCAAGCCUUUCGCAUUGUCUUCCCCAAGAUAUGUUGGGGUUUUUUUUGGGAGGGGGCGGGGUGGAUGAGGAAAGGGGUUUGUUUGUUUUUAUUUCUGCUUUUUGUACUACGCUUCAUGACCGCCGUCACCCGAGUGCCUGUUUUGCCAUGUCCGGACCAUGUCAUUGUAAUGCACAGACAAUCAUUCAACAUCACACAACCCAACUGAGGUUUCUUCUCGGCAUGUCCAUACAAAGUUACAUUCCGCAUAGGAUAGAAAGUCUUUCUUGUCAUCGUACGGUGCAGAAAAAAAAUAUCACAUGAGAACAAUGGUAUGAUUACCUGCUGAAUUUAAACUAAAAUACAAUACUCCUAAGCGAUUUAGUCGUUAACUUCUUGCACUGCAGAUUUGAUGUGUAAAUGAGCAGAAGGAUAAUUUAAGUAUGCUACCGCCUCAGUUUUACUCAUUUUGGACAUUUAAAUGAGGACCUGACGAGACUGUUACUUCUAACCGGCAAUAAUUGAUUUGUGUAAACCAAAGGAUUUUAUCUUUGGUGAUAUUAUUGUCCAGGUUUCAUUUUUUCAGACUUAAACGUGCAGUGAUACCACCCAAUACAAAAAUAUUGUGCACUUUACCAUAGAAAGAGAGGCAGGUGGUAGUGCUCCCAGACCAAAUGUGCUCUUUCCUGCUCUCAUAUCAGCCUUUCUUUUCGAUGUUACCUGUCUUAUGGAGCAUGCACAUUAGCUUAAUAUUUCUCAUUUAGUUGAUAAUGGAUUGCAUUGUAGCUCUUGCAUACAUUUUUGGAACCACGAUAUUAAAGCAUGACUAAACUAUAUCAGCAAGGUUUCUAUUGUGUGCCUUAAUGUCCUUCCGGGAUUCAAAAUCAUUGACUAUUGCUUUUCUGUGUAGGCACAAGGUGAAUCAUAUGUCUCAUUAAUAUGAUAUAUUUAUGAACAAUGAAGUGUGUUUUAAGUGCAUUUUAAGUGUGAAUUAAUAAAUGGUGUAGUGACCAUGCAUAACUCAAGUCCCCAAUUACCUUUUUCACUUGUUAAUAAGUAACACAUCUGUUGUGUAUUGGUGUUUACUCUAAAAGUUGCAUAAAUGAAUGUUUUGUUUCUUUUUUUUAUUAUUAUGAUGAUAUUAAAAUAUUCUUGG